AUCAUGUCACAGUCAUACCUGCCCAAGGGACAAGACUAUAUCCUUUCAAAACAUAACUCGCGUCAACUCUAUCACUUCAAAUCUCUUAUCUCGCUCUCUCUUUCGUACAAGCUUUCGCCGUGGUUUAAGUUUCUGUGAGAGAUCGAAGCUAUGUCUCAGACCGUUGUUCUAAGAGUGGCUAUGUCAUGCGAAGGAUGUGUUGGAGCUGUUAAAAGAGUUCUCGGUAAAAUGGAAGGCGUGGAGUCAUUUGAUGUGGAUAUAAAGGAGCAAAAGGUGACAGUGAAAGGCAAUGUGCAGCCCGACGCUGUUUUGCAGACCGUAUCAAAAACUGGAAAGAAAUCAGCUUUCUGGGACACAGAGGCUGAAACAGCCAAGGCCUAAAGAGAAGCAGAGCAUCUCAUGUGGCUCUGUUUUUAAUAAAACUCUGUAUGGGAUCCUUCUUUGUUUCUGUGACUUGUGUCUGAGACAACCUUGUUUUAAUCAUUGAAAGUAAUGUGGUUUAAAAACAGUUCUUUGAAUAA